GAAGACUAAACUGUAUUAUUGACUUUACAGCAUCUCAGGUUCUAAGUGGGAAAUGGAAGACGAGCCAGCUGUAUUAUUCAAGCUAAUACAAAACUAUCUCUGAAGGACUUAUUUUAUAUAGUUCAAAGUUAUGGACUUUGGUCUCCAUCUAUAUAUAAUCUUGCUUGCGAUGUUCCUUUUCAGUAUCGCCAUUGACGAAGUUGAAACUGCAGGGAAAAACAUCCUUCUGAGUUUUCUGAGGGCAUCCCCCAUUGCUGAUCAUUACACCGACUCUUUUUUGAGAAUACGUCAAUUGGAGAUUCCACCGAGUACUUUGAGCGGGUACCUACAGGUCAAUACCGGACAUCACAUGACGAUGUUAAGGAAUCCUCGACUUUCUCCGUGUGAGCACUGAGCGUAAUGAGAAUUGGCUGUAUAAGCAACCAAUUUGC